CCUUGGACGGAAACUCGGUGAGGAGAAAGGGGGCUGCGAAUUCUGUUCAGACUCAUCUUUUCCUCCGUUGCUGCUGGUGACUUCUGAAACCUGAGGGAAAGGAGCCUGCCAAAGGACCCUCCAGGCAGGUGUAGAACUCUGGCUACAAAAUCUGUGAGGGGAGCCUGAGAAGUGAUGCUUGUGCUGGUUACUGGUUUCUUGCUGUCAACUCCAAAUUCACCCUUUUUUGACUGCGCAGUGAAAAUGGAUCUGGGCCUUCUAAAUCCAGGCAUCUUGUGUUUUCUGCUGGCAUCUGUGAAAUGGUAACAGGCCCCAGACUCUUCACAGAUCCUGAAACUACUCACCUACCUAAGAGAAUCUGGACAUUAUUGACAUAAUCUCCACCUCCCUGUGCCUCUCCUCCCAUGGAAGGAAGCUGAGAGAGUGCGUGAGCCAGCCAACAUAAUAAACUUCUGGCAAGGCUUCUGUUGACUCAUGACCCUACACUGAAUUAAAGGAGAAAUGAAGAACCCACCCCACCCGACCUGCUGGGCCACGUACCAAAUAAUGAUAAUAAUACCUCCAUGGAUAGAGAAAAGAAGAUGAAUAGCAGGAUUUGGGAAGAAGCGCAAAUCUCUUAGUGAAGAAACAGCCAAGAAAAUUACUGCUCUCCUAGUGCAAAGAGGGACACUAAUUAAAGAAAAAGUAGGAUAACUUGUGGUUGCUGGCCCAGAUCUUUUUGGAAGGAAAUCCAAGGAAUCAGCAAAUGUGUUUCUACUUUUCUAUGAAUCUUCUGCAGCUUAUCCAUUUUGUGGGUAAAAACUAAAUCACAUCCAUAAUUCCACUGUACUGGGCACACAGACACUGCCAUUUAUGUCACAGUAUACUGAAAAAGAGCCAGCAGCAAUGGAUCAAGAAUCCAGCAAGGCUGUCUGGCCCAAACCAGCAGGAGGAUAUCAGACAAUCACAGGCAGGAGAUACGGCAGAAGACAUGCAUAUGUCAGUUUUAAACCAUGUAUGACUAGGCAUGAAAGAAGCUUAGGUCGGGCUGGUGAUGACUAUGAAGUGUUGGAACUAGAUGAUGUUCCAAAAGAAAAUUCCUCAGGUUCCAAUCCAUUGGAUCAAGUUCAUUCUUCUUUACCCAAUGGCCCUUUAUUUGAAAAAAGUGAAGCAGAAAUUCCCAUUGGUGAUACAGCAUUGAAUCAAACCAUUGAGAGCAGUCCAUCCUUUGCUGCAGUACAUCAUAGCGAGGAAGGCAGGGAGACCUUAGGAAGCAGUACAAAUCUUCACAGUCACUCUGAGGGAGAAUAUACUCCAGGAGCUUGUAAUGCUUCAAGUGUCCAAAAUGGAAUUACACUGGUUCAUACUGACUCUUACGAUCCAGAUGGCAGACAUGGAGAGGAUAAUGACUGUCUUCAGCUCUCUGCAGAAGUUGUGGAAGGUAGUAGAUAUCAGGAAGCACUGGGCAAUACAAUAUUUGAGUUAGAAAAUGGAGAGGUAGAAGCAUAUACUGGUCUUUCACCACCAGUUCCCUCUUUUAACUGUGAAUUAAGAGAUCGGUUUGAGGAGUUAGAUUCAGCACCUUUAGUGAAAACUUCUACUGGUGAUACCGAGUUUGUCAGUCAGAGCAAUCAGGAAUUUCAGAGGUCCUCUUCUGAAGAUGAAGAUGUUAGAAAGAAACAACAAAAUAAUACUAGCCAGGAGAGACAAGGAGAAAAUUCAACUGAAGAUUCAGCCUGUGCUCCUAGGCAUAUUUGCAGUGAACAAAAUACCAGUGAUAGGGACAAAAAUCAGGGAAGUUCUCCUGAACAGGUAGUAAGGCCCAAAGUUAGGAAAGUGAUAAGUUCAAGCCAGGUGGACCAAGAAACAGGUUUUAAUAGGCAUGAGGCUAAGCAGAGAAGUGUUCAGAGGUGGAGAGAGGCUUUGGAAGUUGAGGAAAAUGGCUCAGAUGACCUCUUAAUAAAAUGUGAUGACUAUGAUGGAGAACAUGACUGUAUGUUCUUGGAUCUGCCUUUCGCAAGAGUUACACAGAGUGAAACAGACAAUAACCAGAUAACACCAGAAGGUGGAGCCACAGCAGGAAGGCAAGAAGUUGUGGAUAACACAUUUUGGAAUGGCUGUGGAGAUUAUUACCAACUGUAUGACAAAGAUGAAGAUAGUUCAGAGUGCAGUGAUGGAGAAUGGUCUGCUUCUUUGCCUCAUCGAUUUUCUGGUACAGAAAAAGAUCAGUCCUCAAGUGAUGAAAGCUGGGAGACUCUGCCAGGAAAAGAUGAGAAUGAACCUGAACUGCAGAGUGACAGCAGUGGUCCUGAAGAGGAAAACCAGGAAUUAUCUCUUCAGGAAGGGGAACAGACAUCCUUGGAAGAGGGAGAAAUUCCUUGGUUACAGUACAAUGAAGUCAAUGAAAGCAGCAGUGAUGAAGGAAAUGAGCCUGCCAAUGAAUUUGCACAGCCAGAAGCUUUCAUGUUGGAUGGUAACAAUAACCUUGAGGAUGACUCCAGUGUGAGUGAAGACUUAGACGUGGACUGGAGCCUGUUUGACGGUUUUGCAGAUGGACUAGGAGUUGCUGAAGCUAUUUCUUAUGUGGAUCCUCAGUUCCUCACUUACAUGGCUCUAGAAGAACGCUUAGCCCAGGCUAUGGAGGAGGCAAAUAGGGCAGGGACUGAAGCAAAAGAAACCAACAGGAAGAGAAUAAUGACUGCCCUAGCACAUUUGGAGUCUCUUGCAGUGGAUGUUGAGGUGGCUAAUCCACCAGCCAGUAAGGAGAGCAUUGACGGUCUUCCAGAGACCCUUGUUCUUGAAGAUCACACUGCUAUUGGUCAGGAGCAAUGCUGUCCAAUCUGUUGCAGUGAGUAUAUUAAGGAUGACAUAGCAACAGAGUUACCCUGUCACCAUUUCUUUCACAAACCUUGUGUCUCAAUUUGGCUACAAAAGUCUGGAACGUGCCCCGUGUGCCGCCGUCAUUUCCCUCCUGCUGUGAUGGAAACGUCCGCAGCGGCUUCCUCUGAGCCUGAGCACGACGCCCCACCAGCAGCCGACAGCGCUGCAGAGGCCCCCUGAACCCUAGCACUGAGCGAGAUCAGUCUAUCAAAGUAAACCUACAGACUGCUUCUAAGUCUGAUGUGCAAAUAAUUAUAUAUAAAUAUAUUAAAAAUGCUAUAUAUAGUCUAUGCCAUAGUUUAGAAAGAGAGUAUUAACCUUUCUAAACUAAAUUUAGGUUUGCAGAAAGUACUAAGCAUUUUCAAGCUGAAUGUUGAAACAGUGCAUCCAUUUUCUUUAGUUUAAUAUGUUAUUAUUUGUAAAGUGCAGCUUAUCAAUUAACUCUCUCCAAAAGAAAUAAUCAUCUAUGUGGCACACGUUAUUGGUUUUGUCUGAAGUACCGCCACUAAGUGAUUAUAAUUAAGCUCUCCUAUUUGCAUCAGAUGUGAAGAUUGUGAUCAUAACAGUAGCAAAAUUUGGUUUCAUUGGAAAUAAAGAAUUCUGAGCAUGCUUUUUCAUUGGUCCCUUUGCUUUUGCCUCAUCAAAACCUCUUGGUUCAUAAUACUGAGUUGUUUUAUAAGAAGGUAUCUACUCUCUCAUCUUUGUUUAAAAUUAGGACUUCUUAGAAUGCCAAACAAAACUUCUGGCUAGAGCAUCAAAAAUUUUUAAAUCUUAAAUGUAAUCCCCUUGAAAUGGUUAGAUAGUAAAAUAAAUGUUUAUAUUUUAAAUGGUGGAUGUACUUAAAGUAAAGUUAGUAAAAUAUAUGAACAGUCUAGUGUGCUCAGCACUUGGUACAAUGAGUUGGAUUAGAUGGCCUUGUGAAAUCCUUUCUACUUGGUUGAAAUUAUACUUGAAGGUCCAGAACACUCAUGGCACAUUUGUGUAAUAGAUUUUGGAUAUAGUUAAAGGUAAUUUUGGCUGCAAAAUAUUUGGAAAGUCUGAAAACAGGCAUAAGGUGUUUAAAAACACUCAUUCUGUCAUAUCACAAAGGAAAAUCUGAAUCCUUAAAAAACGAGAUGGUCACUUGUACUAACUGGUAUAUAUCAUAAAAUUGAUGGGGUGUAGGACAAAUUUGGCCACACCUUUUACAACAUGUCUAAACCUUACUGUGUUAUAAUUUAUUAUUUUAAAAUAUUGCUGAACAAGGAUUAUCCAUGUUACAUUAUCAGCGUUUGUUUCUUUACCCUAAUUUAUUUUAAUAAAAUUAUUCACCUGGAAAUAAAAUAGGAGUUGGUAAUUUCAAGUUAAGCCAUGGAUGAAAAAGAAGUAGAUUUAUAUGAUUUCCUAGAGACUGAAUAGAACUGAACAUGUAACACGGUUCCUUUGUUAUUUUCCUUUUUCUGAAAGAGAGAAGAAGAUGAUGACCUCAGAUUACCCUCUGGAAGAGUUCUGUUCACAGGCUUUUGCAAAACUGAGGAAAUUAGCUUCCCUUAUUCUUUUUUAUGGGAAAUUUGACCCAGAGGGUUAUCUUUAUACAUGUAAUACCAAACUAAGACUGCACAGCUUUCUGUUUAGGUGAUCACACCUAGUAGGCAAGUAAGUAUGUAUCAACAUGGACAUAAUAUUCAGCUUUCAGGUGUGAUUCGGUAUCAGCAGCAGAGUGGUGGGUGUUAGAAUCCCACAUUUGAGCGAGUCAGAUAGUAAAGCACAUAGUGAGUGUACAUCCAUCCAAGUAGUGCAUUGAUUGUUUAGUUUGGACACAUACAAGGAAUAUUUAUAUGGCUUCCCAAAUAUAAAAUUACAUUUUAUUUGUGUCAUUUCUCUGAGUAUUUGUAUUCCAUCGCUUUUCUCCACUCUUAAAAAUAAAUGAAAUUUCACUGUUGGCACAUUUGAGGCUUAAAUAUAAGGAACAUAACACUUGCAUUCUGAUUUUUGCAUAUAUUGUAAAUGUGUCUGGUAUUUACAGCAAAAUACUGUGUAUCCUUUUACGGGCAAAACAAAAUUGAACAUUGCAUGCAUGUAAUGUGGUGACUGUACUUUAGGGGUUCUUUGGGGCUUCUGUGACUUUGGAAAUGCUUACAUUCAGGCCUUAAUGUUGCAUUAGGUAGCAUGUUUUCCUUCUGAUGUACAUAGUCACUGUUGUAUAAACUAAUCUUUGCUUGUUUUCUACUCUGUGAUCUUUCCAUAUCAUAUUUCAUUGAUGCUCAGUUAGUGUCACGGAGUGAAAUCAUAUUAAAAUUAAUUCUCAUGUGUAUAUUGUGGAAAUUUGUGGCUAGUGUGUUUUUUGUUGUUGUUGUUAUUGUUUGUUUCCUUUAAGUAAUACUGAUCAGUUGUGACACUUACUGGUUAAACGGACAUUGCUACAGAUUUCUCUGUAAUAAGCCACACAUUAUAUUUAGGCAGGCAGUAGAAAGGGACCCUGGUUUUUUCUUCUAGAUAGCAGCUGUCCCAGAGAAAAUAUUUCUUCUUUGCCUGUUAAGAUUUAGCUGUUAUCUGCCAGUUGUUAUAAGGUUUUGGUUCCAAAUUCAACCAGCAGUGUUGAGAACUGAACUUAAGAUAGCUGUUGUACUUUUUGCUUUCCAUCUGUUUCUGUCUUUCAUUCUUGGCUCCCUACUUUCUAUAAACAGCUGCUAUGAAGGAGAAAAGUUGAGUAAGAAUUGGCCUAAAAGUUCUUUAAAAAGAAAACUGAGAUUUUAGAGUUUCCAUUGUAACAGGCUGAUAAAAGCUAAGGCUGCCAAGUUAAGACACCAAAAUAUUGUUUGAUCAUAUCGUGGGUCCUUCUGAAAAAGUAAAGAAUACAUGGAGGUUAAUUAGAAGUAUAAAUGUUAAUUACAAUGUUGUUUCUCAUAUUUCUCUAUUAUAUGUUAAGUGACUUGAUCUAAUAAUUUUAUUUUUAUAAACAUUUUCUUCUUGUAAUAUGAAUGCUUAUAUUUAAAGGUAGAUCUAUGUGGUUUUCUUUUGUGUUUCUUAAUUGUUUCUCUCUAAGCUAACUAACUUUUAAGAUUAUUUGUGAUCUGGAUUUAUAUAUAAACUGUUAAAUAUAUGUGAACUGUUAAAAUGGAAUGCAAGUCUUUCAAAAGCCCAGGUCUAAAUGUAAUGGGUUUAUUGUUCUACAACCCCAGUCCAUCAUUUUUCGUGUGAAUCAUAAACAAUAAACAGGAUAUACUCAGUGGUCAUUUCUAAUA